CGGAGACCAACUGGCGUGUGAAAGCCCAACAAAGAAGAGAUCCAGACGAUCCCACGUUUGAAAAAAACUGCGGGAAACGGACGACAAACACUUUCUCCUGCUUCAUUUAACCUAUUUUAACUUACAUAAGAAACACUGACUUGCCAGCAUCACUCUUGAUCAUCAUCAUCGCCAUGAAGAAAAUGAAGAAUAUUAACAAUAAUAGCAUUAUGAACUACUUUAAGAAAAAGCAGACUGACAGCAACAGUGGAGCCAGAAUGGCAUCACAAGCUGGUGACAAUGCUCAGGAAAGACAUGCAAGCAAGAAAAAAGAAAAGGGGAUUGGAACUAAUGGACAUGAUUCACUAAAGGAAAGAACAAACCAUUUUUGUAAGGAGGAAGAGGGACAAUCAAAAAGUCAUCUACAACAGAGUGCUGAAGGGCAAAGCCACACUUUUAGUUUCCGCUACAAAUAUAACAAACACGCCGUGGCCUGUGAUACAUCCAAGACUGUGAUUGGUGCUCUUAAUACAAACAAGACUUUUAGAAAGAUUAAAAAAAACAACAUGAAUAAAGAAAUAGUGAUCCGGAGAUCCAAAGGAGCAGUUCCUAGAGCGGCCGUGAAGACCGAUUUCCCCUGCUGCCUCAUUGAAAAUGAUGAGCUCUUGGAUAUAAUCUUCAUCAAAAAUGGUGGAAAUGUUCCUUCAGAGAAAAAAACAACUGGAAGGCGUUCAUUCUCCAGUGAAUCAGAAAACAUAGUAACCUUUAACAUCAAAACAAAAGGAGGGAAGAGUGUGAAGCGCCUAAUGAAAAACAGUGAGCUGAGGUUGAAAGUUGAUGAUGUUUGUGUGUACGCGUUCAAAGACGACAAACUGAAGGCUGCUCUAAAACGCGAUGGGCGAUUCACCAAUGUCAUAUUCACGAAACACUGUGCACUUUCUGAGUUUGGGAGUGAGACAAUCCAUGAAAUGUCCAACACUGUAGAGCAUCUUAAUGGAAAGCAUUUUGAGAUCAUUGUUAUCAGUGACAACAACCAGCCAGAUAGCCAAGAGAAUUUCUUGAGUGAUGUCAGCACAGAAAUGAAUGAAGCUUCAGCUGAUGAUCUGAAAGAAAACGUUGAUCCUAAUAAGCAUCAUGCCAACACUGAGCAAGAAGAAACUCAAAAGAAAGAAAGAGUGAAAUCCACGAAGACUUCAGCUAAAUACUAUGAAAUAAAUAACUCAGAAGAGAUUCGGGAAAUUCUGUGUUCGCAGUUGGACAUUUUACUGAAGUUGUUAAUGCGGCGAGAAAAACUAAAGAAGAACUCUGUGUUCCAAAAGUUCUUUAGAGCAGAAUAUGAUAAAAGCGUUCAGAGUUUCUCUGAAGUGUAUAAAAUAAAGCAGCUCAUGAAACUCUCUGACUCUGUGUGUCAGAUUCGAGUGGAGGGAUUCGCCAAAGGAACCGGCUUCUUACUGUUUGGGAGAUUUGUUCUAACUAACGCACAUGUUGUUAAGGACUUUCUCGAGUCUCCUGACAAGCUUUCUUCUACAAAGUAUUUAGAAGCAGCAUUUGAUUUUGAACGUCUGGACUCGAAGGUGAAGCUGGUGCCGGUCAAGAAACAGCUCGCUGCUUACUGUUUCUUAACAGAUGCCAAUCAAUGCCGUCUUGACUUUGCUCUUCUUGAACUGGAUGAUGUUGAUGAAAUCACAGGCCGUCCUAGAUUGCUCAGUCGAUACUUGGGUGGCUCUCCUCCUAACCGUGGUGGGAUCUGCAUUAUGGGACAUCCAGAUGGUGGGAUUAAGAAAGCAGACCCCUGCUUAAUCGUUGAGAAUUUACAAGAGGCUGCAGAUAAACACAUCUCUGAGAAUGACAAAUUCAUUUAUGUUAUGACACAGAAAAGUUUUGAAGAUAAAUGGAAUGUUUAUGAAAACCAGAUUAAUUAUAACUCUUGUUUUUUUCAUGGAUCUUCUGGCUCUCCAGUUUUUGAUGAAGACUGCUAUCUCAUUGGUGUGCACACCGGUGGAUAUGUGUACCCAGGAGAAAAGGGUAAAACUAGAAGUGUUGUGGAAUACGCCUAUUCCAUUCAGCCCAUCCUGGAUAUGAUCAGAGCACAGGCUAAGAUAAAAGGUUUGCAUGAGGUCGUCAAUACCUUAGAAGCCUACAGCAAUAAAAGCAAUGAGUCUGGGACUGCAGAGCAAGACAAUCAGACUGACUGAGAAAUGGAAGAUUCUGACUGAAGCGUCCACAUGCCGUCAUUUCUUUGGGUGAAAAGACAGCAAUGGCUUCAAUUCUGAUUUUUUUUCAUUUUUUCAUUUUGGGUUUUCACUUUUUAUAUAAGAUAAAGUGUCCAAAAGCUGAAGUUUCUCUAAUUUCUGAUAAAUAAAGUCAU